CAUGGCAACGCGCACCCCUCUUGCAUCCUUCCCGCCCCGCCCGGGUUCUGGGGCCUGGCGGUGGAGGGCUCCAGGGACAGGCCGGGUCGGGUGUCGCUCCGGGUUGAGGGCGUCUGCGGGGACCAGCGAUGACUUUCCAGGCCUGGGGGUGGUGGAAGGAAGAUGCGUCUCUGGUGUGGGGCCGGGUACCCGACGCGGAGGGCGAGAGAGGGGGAGCGGUGCGGUGCAAGACCCUGGCUACAAAAGACCCCACGGCUGUGGAGAGAGCAAACUUGCUAAACAUGGCCAAACUGAGUAUCAAAGGACUCAUUGAAUCUGCUCUGAGCUUUGGCCGUACCUUGGACUCCGACUAUCCCCCUCUGCAGCAGUUCUUUGUGGUUAUGGAGCACUGUCUGAAGCACGGGCUUAAAGUGAGAAAAUCAUUUUUGAGUUAUAACAAAACUAUCUGGGGCCCUUUGGAACUAGUGGAGAAGCUGUACCCGGAAGCGGAGGAAAUAGGAGCAAGCGUCCGGGAUUUGCCUGGUCUUAAAACCCCCCUUGGUCGAGCAAGAGCAUGGCUUCGAUUAGCCCUCAUGCAAAAAAAAAUGGCUGAUUACCUGCGCUGCUUAAUUAUCCAGCGGGAACUCUUGAGUGAGUUCUAUGAAUACCACGCACUGAUGAUGGAGGAAGAAGGAGCUGUCAUCGUCGGGCUGCUGGUCGGCCUCAAUGUGAUAGAUGCCAAUCUGUGUGUAAAGGGCGAGGAUUUGGACUCCCAGGUUGGAGUGAUUGAUUUUUCGAUGUAUUUAAAGAACGAAGAGGACAUUGGAAAUAAAGAAAGGAAUGUUCAAAUUGCUGCCAUCUUAGACCAAAAGAAUUAUGUUGAAGAACUAAACAGACAACUCAAUAGCACGGUCAGCAGCCUCCAUUCAAGAGUCGACUCAUUAGAAAAGUCAAAUACCAAGUUGAUCGAAGAGUUAGCAAUAGCGAAGAAUAAUAUCAUUAAACUCCAAGAGGAAAACCAUCAGCUGCGAAGUGAAAAUAAGCUGAUCCUGUUGAGGACACAGCAGCACCUGGAGGUCACGAAAGUGGACGUGGAAACCGAACUUCAAACAUACAAGCAUUCUCGGCAAGGUCUAGAUGAAAUGUAUAAUGACGCCAGAAGACAGCUUCGCGACGAAUCACAGCUGCGGCAGGGCUCUGAAGAUGGCUUGAAAGAGAAAAAUGAAAUAAUUGCCCGACUAGAAGAAAAAACGAAUAAAAUCACUGCGGCCAUGAGGCAGCUGGAGCAGAGAUUGCAGCAAGCAGAGAAGGCGCAAACAGAUGUGGAAGAUGAGGACGAGAGAUACGUCCAAGAACACCUGAGCCAGUCCGACAGCCUGCAGAGACAGAUCUCGCAGAAGGAGAAGCAGCUGGCGCAGCUGGAAACGGAUCUGAAGAUUGAGAAGGAGUGGAGACAGACUUUGCAGGAAGAUAUCCUAAAGGAGAAAGGCGUCUUAUCUCAUCUGAGAAAUGAGACCCAACAAAUCGUUAAUCUUAAAAAAGAAUUCCUUAAGCUCCAGGAUGAAAAUCAGCAGUUGAAAAACAUCUAUCAGGAACAAGAACAAGCUCUUCGUGAACUUGGCAACAAACUUAGCGAGUCCAAACUUAAGAUAGAAGAUAUAAAAGAAGCCAACAAAGCCUUACAGGGUCUGGUUUGGCUCAAAGACAAAGAAGCAACACACUGUAAGCUUUGCGAAAAGGAAUUCUCACUCUCGAAGAGAAAGCACCACUGUAGAAACUGCGGGGAAAUUUUCUGCAAUGCCUGCUCUGACAAUGAACUGCCUUUGCCUUCUUCACCAAAGCCAGUACGAGUUUGUGAUUCCUGUCACGCAAUGCUCAUUCAGAGGUGCUCGUCUAAUUUGCCAUGACUCCCAGAACCUAAUCUUGCAGAAGUCCCUGCAGUCAAUGUACCACAUGCACAAAGCAUCCCGAUUGCAAAUGGCUUUCAGCUGGUAUUGGUACCAGUUAACCUUCCAUGACCUCAGCUUGUGGGGAUUUUAAGUUGUAUGAGUUAAUAUUUAGUUCCCUCAUUGUUACUCAGAAUUUACCACAGCAUGCAUUAUGUGGAACAAUCAUGUAACCCUUCAACGAAAGGCCAGACAGCACAGCUAACACGCAUUUGCCUUAUCUUGAGAGGCCUUCUUAAAACAAGGCUUCGGAUUGUUUCCUUCUGAACUGUCAGGUUAGCACUUGAUGGUGCCUAUAAACCUCUUAAUGCACUUUAAAGCUUCAUAGUUCUUAAAGACUGGAGAUGCAUUGACUUUAUAUAAGCAUUAGUAUUUCAACGCAACAUUUUUUUUGAGACAAGAUCUCAUAGUUACCCAGUCUCACCUGGACUCCGUUACCUUCCUGCCUCAGCCUUUCAAGUGCUGGGAUUCUCUGUGUGCCACUACACUUACCCUGUAGGUCUUCCAUCAUUUUAAGAUUCCAAUUUAAUUUAUUUGCUUGCUCUUCUCCUUCCUACAAUGGAAAAGGUCCACAUUUUAUUCCACACAUUUCUUUUUGGUCUUUUCUAAACCAGCCAUUGUGCUUGCCCACUCUUCAUAUGGUGGGUUAAGAUGCCACUGAUCUAACCUCCUUCUUCUUCU